AUCCAGCCACGAGGAGUGAAUUCAAAAGUCGACUAAAUCUUCCUCCCUUCACAACGUCAUACUCCCGAGUCAGGCCGCUCUUCGUUCUGCUCUGUUCACACUCCUCCCAGCACACUAAGGUUCCGACUGCAACUAUACUGAUACACACAAUGGCCACGACUACGUCGUUGCGCCUCGGCUCUGCAUGCGCCACGCUCCGAGCAGAUACUGCGAAGGCGGCGCAUUCAUUAAAUGGCGCAACAGUCGUGAAAGCCGCGCCGAAACGCCUUCAACUCAGACGACCGGGCGCAGCUCGCGCAGCGAUGAUGGAGGCGCCGCCCGUGCCGAUGAAGAGCCACGAGGAGAAGAACCUGCCGCACAUCGAGCAGAUCAAGGCGCUGUCGCUGGUGACGGCCAUCAAGACGCCGUACCUGCCGGACGGGCGGUUCGACAUCGACGCGUACGACUACCUGGUGCACCACCAGAUCGAGAACGGCACGGAGGCCAUCAUCGUGGGCGGCACGACGGGCGAGGGGCACCUGAUGAGCUGGGACGAGCACGUGAUGCUCAUCGCGCACACGGUGUACUGCUUCGGGGACAAGCUGAAGGUGAUCGGCAACACGGGGUCCAACAGCACCGGCGAGGCCAUGCACGCCACCGAGCAGGGCUUCGCCGUCGGCAUGCACGCCGCGCUGCAGAUCAACCCCUACUACGGCAAGACCAGCGUCGACGGGCUCAUCCAACACUAUAAGGCGGUGCUGCCCAUGGGCCCUGCCAUCGUGUACAACGUGCCGGCGCGCACGGGUACGGACCUGACGCCCGACGUGAUCGAGGAGCUGGCGCAGCACGAGAACUUCGCGGGCGUCAAGGAGUGCGUGGGCAACGAGCGCGUGUCCGCGCACACCAGCAAGGGCAUCGUCGUGUGGAGCGGCAACGACGACCAGUGCCACGACGCCAAGUGGAAGCACGGCGCCAACGGCGUCAUCUCCGUCCUCAGCAACCUCGUUCCCGGGCUGGUGCACGAGAUGCUGACGACGGGCCCGCACCCCGAGCUGAACGCGAAGCUGGCGCCACUGACCAAAUGGCUCUUCCUCGAGCCUAACCCCAUCGGGCUCAGCACCGCGCUCUGCCAGCUGGGCCUCGUGCGCCCCGUGUUCCGCCUGCCGUACAUGCCGUACAACGAGGCGCGGCGGCGCGAGUUCGUGGACAUCGUGCACAACAUCGGGCUGGAGCACUUUAUCGGCGCCAAGGACGUGCGCGCGCUCAAGGACGACGACUUCCACCUCAUCACGCGCUUCUACUAGCCGCCACGCGCACAUGAGCCCCUAUUCGUGUGGCUUGCUCUUCGCCCCUAUACUGUCUAGUCUUAGCACUGUGUUGCGGCCAAGCUGGUUGUAGGGCCUUUUUCAUCAAUGCUUAUUUUGUGUAUGCUUGCUGCUAUUAUUUACGCUGCA